AUGGUUCUGAAUAAAGCUACUCUAGCCAGUAUGGCUAGCUAUCAAAUGAGUUGUUUCAUCCUUCCUAAGGAAACUACUAAAAAGAUUGAUGCUCUCCAAAAAGACUUCUGGUGGGGUAAAGAAACUAAUUAUAAAGGAUAUUAUCCAGUAUCCUACUCUUGCCUCUGUAAACCUAAAAUCAAAGGAGGAUUAGGAUUUAGAAAUGCACAAAGAUACAACCUAGCCAUUAUAGCUAAGCUUGCAUGGAGACUAUUAACUGAGCCUACUGCACUUUGGGUGUCACAAUUGAAACCUAGAUAUUUUAGAAAGUCUUCUGUUUUUAAAGAUAAAAUACCAACAACCAGUUCUUGGAUUUGGAAAUGCAUUAGCAAAGGUAUUAUCUUAGUAGAACAAAAUAAUAUUUGGGAAACAGGAGAUGGUAGCAGUACUAAUAUUUGGGAUGAUAACUGGAUCCCAAAUCUAGAAAACAACCUUAGUAGCUAUAAAACAGCUAGUAACUCUCAUUUAACACUUGUGAAGGAUAUGUUUGAACCUAUCACUAUGAAGUGGAAUUAUACUUUGUUGAUUGAAAUGUUUCCUGUGGCUAUUGCUAACAAAAUCAACAAUGUCAGAAUAGCUAAAGGUAAAUCUGAUACACUUAGAUGGUUACUCACAAAAUCAGGGAGAUUUACAGUUAAAUCUAUGUAUAAUAAGCUCACUGAAAAAACUAGAAACCAUUACAAUCUAGGCCAACCUGAUUCUUUUUGGAACUCUCUAUGGAAAUUAAAUGUAUCUUAG